CUUCGGCAAAAUGUAAAUGCGCGGGCAAAAAUUAGAAACUACAAAAUUGCGAAAAUUAUGCUCUACUUGCGUCAUUGCUUUUGAUUGGAAUUUUUGGUUGCAAGAAAAAUAUUUUUGCAAUGGAUUAGUAAAUUGUACAAAUGUAAGACUCUCGUUCCAUUGCUGUCCAAGGAUAUGGUGUGAAUCGUUGUGUAACAUAUUGGAAUGCGAGUGUGAGUGAAUGAUUGAGGCCAUUUAUCGCCGACAACGGCGUCCAACUCAUGGAAAGCAGCACCAUGAAGCUGUCUAGCAUCGAAGAAAGCGACCUGUACCAGAUCUUACAGGUCGCCACGUCCAUGGUGGAUCCGCAUGUGGCUAACGCCACCCGGAUGCAGGCCUACCAUAAUUACGAGGAACUGCGCCGUCGUUUGGCACCCGAGCAGAAACUAGAGCUGGGCGCCGUGCUGGCGCAGAACGACGGCGCACGCUGGAGCUCCUCGGUUGUACAUAUCGGUCUGCAGUUUCUGGAGGAUACCGUCAAGUAUUCCUGGAAUAUCCUGAAACCCGAGAGCAAACUGCUGAUGAAGAACAUUGUGUUCUCCCUGAUUUCCGGCAUGGAUCCCGGCGGACCCCGCAGCGAGCACUUCAUCCUGGACGGGAUCGGGAAGAUUGUCGUGGAGAUGAUUAAGCGCGAGUGGCCGCAGCAGUGGCCCAGUAUGUUGCAGGAACUGGACGAGGCUUCGCGGAAGGGUCCGACGCAGCUGCAGAUUGUCACCCUGAUUCUGCUGCGUUUCAUCGAGGAUCUGAUGCAAUUCCGCUCGUUGACCCUGCUGCCCACCACCCAGCAUCGCCACCGGGAAUUGUCCGAUUCCCUGAUGACGGUGAUGCCGGAUUUAAUCGCUUUCCUGGUGCAAGCCUUAAUAAGGGCGGCGAAUUUGAAUUUGCGUCCGGUUUCGGUGACGGUUAUCCGACUGUGCUCUGCCAUCGGCGAAUACACUCAGGUUAAGUAUUUGUGGUUGAACGAUGGCGUCUUUAUCGACACGCUGUUGUCGAAAACCCUCACCGACGAAGCGCUGCAGUUGGAAGUGGCCGACUUCCUCUGCUGUUUGUUGAGCCGGAAAUACUCCAAAAAAGACGACAUCCGGAUCGUCCUCAAGUUGCUUUCCGAAUCAAAAUACUUCUCGGUGUUGCAGAGAAUUGUGAAUUACGCCGGGCCAUUCAGUGAACAGUCUUACACCUCGUUGAAAAAAUUUGUAGAAACCUUUGUCGCCAUCGCACUACAGCUGCACAGCCUGGAGGAACUGUCGGAAUAUCUGGAACUCAACCGGGAGAAUUUCGCCAGCUACAUUAGCACUUUACUGAAGCUGACGAAUCACGAAAGUCCGCAAGUUGCCAACUUUGCGCUGAAUGCCUGGUUGACAAUCUGGGGUAACAAGGUUAUCCGCGAACGCCCGGAAGUGAUGCCUACGGCGAUUUCUACGGUGCAAACCUGUCUGAAAUUGUUGCUGAUUACGAAAUUAACCGAUAACCAAUUUCUGUCCAUGGAUUUCAUGCAACAGGACAAUUCCUUCAAGGAAUUCAUUGCAACUUUUCGUCUGAGAAUUUCCGAAUUGAUCAAACGGAUUGCGUGUUGUAAGUCAGAAGAGUUGUUGGAUUUUUCCUUCAGCGCGCUGCAGAAUCUGAUGAAUACCAAGGACAAAGAUCAGGAUCGAUGGACGGCGGUCUUGACGGUGUUGGAGAAUUCGACGAAGACCGUAUCUCCGAGUGUGAAGACCAAGUUUCGACCGUUCGCCUUUCAGCUAAUGGACGCGUUGAUGGCCGGCGACAGAGCGGAUCCCACGGUGGUUUCUAUGGGACUCAGCUGCAUUUCACGCCUAUCGACAGCAUUUAUUUCUAAUGCUCCUCCAGAACACCAGGAGCAAUGCGCUCAGAUGUUGGAUAAGGUGGUUAAAUACGGGUUUUUCCUUUUGACCAAUUCACUCCCAUCUGGCGAAAAAGAGACAGAUGAGUCAGUCUUGGAGUUGCAUCGGCACGCUGUGAAUUUCUUCAGUCAUUUCUGUCGUAAUCUCACCAAGCCUCUGGUUGACCGCUACGACCAGCUGCUGUUAAUGCUCCGCGACGUGUUCCAGUGCAACCUGAGCACAUCCGACCGGUGCAGCUUAUUGGAUGGAUUAAUCACCGUCACCAAGGACUGCAGCGAUGUCAACAAGCAAGCCAGUCUGGCCGGCGAAAUCAUCUCGGCAGUAACGCCCUUUUGGCAGUCAGCCGACUUCUGUAGUGCUCUGAAAUCGGUAGAAAAGUUUGUCAAUUUUUUUGGCCUGAAUCAGCCAUUAUCGGUGGGAUUUGACGACGUUAUCAUUGGACAGCGCCGGAAGCAGUUAUUUUUUUGCUCAAAUAUUAUUGCCUCAACGUUCGUGCAUAUGAAGUUUUCCAAUGCGCCGGUGAUAUCGCUGCUUGAGAAUGCUGUACUGUUAAUCGACUGCUUACUGCAGUUGCGACUGCCAGGGAAUUUGACGCUGUUGCAUAAGGAUAAUCAGAAGAUUUUGACAAUGCCCAUCGGGGAAAGGAAUCGGAUGAUCCACCCAGUGUUUGGAACUUUCAAACAGGAUAUGUCAGAGAAUUUUCAGACUAGGGAGCGGCUAAAGAACUGGCUACAUACGAAUCUGGAAAGUGCCUGCAAGAUCAUUGGGUAUGCGGGCCGGUGUUUGGGCACGCAGUUCUAUCAGAUUCCUAAUCUGGCGGAUUUCUUACAACGCGCCGUUUUUCGCUACAUAACAAUUCCAGAUGUGGUGCCAAUCUUUCUGAUGCGGACCAUCGUGCGGCAACUGGUAUCGCAGUUUAUUCGCAACUGCCCAUUGGACGCCUUUCCAACUAUCGUCAUCCCGGUUCUGCGCGAUUUCUGUCCGGCACUGAACAAAAUGUUAACCAGCGGUUGGGAUUCUCUAGAUUUGGAAAGCGAUGAACAAGAAGAGAUUCUGCAGGAUAUUCUGUUGCGGGGAUUGACGCGUGACUGUUAUGCACUGGUGAUGCAGCCGCUGUUGUCCGACCAGCUAAAAGUGCCCUUGGAAGACCGGGGCGAUGACGUCAUGGAAGACGACUCCGAAGCGAGUACACACAGCCCGUCGCCCACCUCCUCCAGCCAGCCGAAUAAUCCCGCUAAACCUGACGAUGUGGAAGAGAUUUCGCCCAUCGGCGAGAUGUGCUUACAUGAUCCGGUGCUGGCCAAUGCCAUUCUGAUGACGGUGUUCACCGGUUUACACUGGCCGGACACUAAUGCUUCCCAGCAGUUUGCUCGCUUUGCUCAAAUGUUGAUUCCACGGUUGGCACGGAAGGAGGACUCAUCGUUGAAUCCCGAAGCGGUGAAGUACAUUUUUCAGUCCAUUUUGGUGGCGCUGAAUGUCCACGGUCAGCAUGAUGCUAGCCAAGCGACGCUGGUCAAUCUGGGAUUAUUUGCUUACUUUCUCAUCAAGCCGUUAUUCGGCGAUGUUGUGGAAAAUGUGCUGAAACCUCUGAACUGUGAUAUGGAGAAGCAUAAAGUGGCGGUGGGUAAUCUGGAUGGGCUGUUGUUUGUGCGUAUGGAAGGGAAGAACUUGUAUGAGAAGCGGAAGCGGAUGGCCUUCAAGAAGAUUGUACAGGACCGUAUUGGACGACCGCUGAGUGAGAUGGAGCGACUGCAGGUGGUCAUUCCCAAUCUGCCGCCGUUGCGGAUUAAUAAGGGACCAAAAAAGCAGGCUGCCAUUGGACACGAGAGCGAUGAGGGUUUGGGGCUGGCAUCCAUGUUUGCUGUCAAUGGGCGGUGAUGGGACUCAUGGUGGACGGGGAUCAUACAAAGGGGUGUUUAUAGAUUUUAUGUGAAGAAAACAUCCUACAGGCUGGUUAUCGCUUGUGGACUGUUUUUUCCCAACUGGUGAUAUGUUUUUGCUGGUAUCUGUGUUAAUUUGAUGGGGAAAUAAGUUUAGCUGCUGUUCGGCUAAAUUGCGAGCUUGCUCUAGGUCAUUUAUAGAAUUUUAUUACCUCAGAAUGUGGGGUGUUUCACCGCGACUACUUGUUAGUUAAUUUUUUAUGGCGUAUUUCAGUAAAGUUGGUUCAUGCAA